AUGAUGUUUAAGAGUAGUCCUCAAGUCAAGGAUAUACUAGAGCUAAUGUCUGUACAGUUAGAAACAUUUAGUGAGCAGCAGUACACUCCGUUGAUUACGGGCCUGAAGUCUGUCGGGGAGGUUUUUUUGUUGAUCGGGACGCAGUCAUACAAUGUUAGUCAAUCUAGAAUCAAGAGUGUUCUUGGGGCCGGUGCGUCUUGUGUUGUAGUGAACAGCAACGAUGAGCAUUUGAAGCAAUUGUCGGUCAAAUUCCAAAACCAGGAUGUGGUUUUGUUGGAUAGAGAGUUCCAGUUGUCAGACUUAACCAGUCUUGGUAGAAGUAAGGUUGGUAGGAUUGUUGACAGAGUGUUUGUAAAUUUAGGGGCCGAAGAUUCUCUGUUGAUCAGAGAUAUCUUUGAGCAGUGUGAGAAACUAAGGAUUCCAAUUAAUACCCACCAGAGGCCCGAGUUUUCUACAUUCUCGAUGUGUUCGACGUAUAAUGACCCAGGGAACAGUGGAUUGCAAAUUGCAAUUACUACAAAUGGUCAAGGUUGUUUGCUAGCGAACCGAAUCAAGAGAGAGAUAGUGUCUAAAUUGCCUAUUAACAUUUCUAAAGUUGUGAAGAACAUGGGUCAUCUCAGAGAAAGAAUCAUUUACGAAGACCAUAGCCAAAUUAUUCACUCCCAUUUUCUAAGUAACGAUCUUCAAGAGCUGGGAUUUGGGAUCGAUGAAGACACCUGGGAAUCGCAUAAGUUAAACAAACUGGUAUAUGAGUUUAAGGUUACAAAGAAGCAAAUGCAAAUGAAGCGCAGUAGAUGGUUGUCCCAGAUUAUGGAAUACUAUCCUUUGCAAUCGCUAGCAGAACUUUCUGUAGACCAACUAGCAGAUCAGUACCAACAACUGUCGCAAAACUCGGCUGAUAACGGUACUAAAACCGCAGGUACCAGCGUACAAUCGAGCACUAGUGGACCUGUUGAUGACUCUAACACCGGUGAUUCUACACGUAGUCCAUUGACCGUUACCGAGAGCGAAGAUUUGAAACCAAAGAAGAAUGGUAAAGGGACUAUCUCUUUGGUUGGUAGUGGGCCUGGGUCUGUAUCCAUGUUGACCAUAGGAGCGCUGCACGAAAUUAAGACAGCGGAUCUAAUUCUUGCGGACAAGUUGGUACCUGAAAAAGUGCUUCAAUUAAUUCCUCAAGGUACAGAGACAUUCAUCGCCCGUAAGUUCCCAGGUAAUGCGGAAAGAGCUCAAGAGGAGCUACUAGAGAAGGGUCUAAAUGGUCUACAAAAAGGUUUGAAAGUGGUUAGAUUAAAGCAAGGUGAUCCAUAUAUAUUUGGUCGUGGUGGAGAAGAAUUUUUAUUCUUCAAGAGCCAUGGAUACACACCGCUUGUCCUCCCUGGGUUAUCCUCCGCAUUAGCGGCUACUGUCGUUUCAAAUAUUCCAGCUACUCAACGUGACGUUGCAGAUCAAGUUCUAAUUUGUACCGGUACAGGAAGAAAAGGAGCAUUGCCCGCUAUACCUGAAUACGUAGAAACGAGAACCACAGUAUUCCUAAUGGCAUUACACAGGGCGCAAGUGCUAGUUUCAGCAUUGAUAGAAAAGGGGUGGGACGAAAAUGCUCCUGCUGCAAUUGUUGAAAGAGCAUCAUGUCCGGAUCAACGUAUCACUAGAACGCUAUUAAAAGAUGUGCCACAAACUAUUGAAGAAAUAGGAUCUAGACCACCAGGACUUUUGAUCGUCGGACGUGCAAUUAACGUUCUAACAGACCCAGAAGUUCUAAACUUCUCGGGAUCAAACACAUACCAUAUCGAAGAAGGGUACGAGCAUCUUGGCUUCGAAGAUAACGUUGAAGCUCUUGUGUCUACAUAG